AUGGUCUCAUCCCUCCCCUUCCUGACCUCCACCCAGGUGCUGAGUCUACUAAGAGAGAACACCAUCAGCGUCGAAGCCUAUGCGGUGUCUCUACUGGAGAGAAUUGAAGAGAGAGACGGUAUUGUCAAGGCAUGGACGUAUCUUGACUCUGCAUUUGUCCUCGCACAGGCUCGAGCCCUCGAUAACAUCCCCCAGCACGAAAGGGGACCAUUGCAUGGGCUGGCUGUGGGCGUUAAAGAUGUCAUGAAUACUAAGGAUCUGCCGACGGAAUUUGGGUCUCCCAUAUACAGGGGACACCAGCCAGGUUUUGAUUCGUCAGCAGUUGCUAUUUUACGUGCUGCUGGCGCUUUGAUUUUUGGCAAGACAACUACAACGGAAUUCACAGAGGCCAACUCUGGACCAAACACAACAAAUCCUUGGGACCCGACCCGGACUCCAGGCGGCUCAUCGUGCGGCUCUGCGGCCGCAGUGGCUGAUUUUCACGUCCCCUUGGGCCUCGGGACGCAAACUGGUGGCAGCAUCAUCCGCCCAGCCUCGUAUACUGGAGUCUUCGCGAUGAAGCCAACACAUGGCGCCAUAUCCACUGAAGGGCAAAAGGCGUUUGCUCCGACUUUUGACACGUUUGGCUUUUUCGCUCGUUCUGUUGAGGACCUACAACUCCUCGCAGACAUUUUUGGCCUCAAGGAUGACGAACAUCCGAGAGACAUGUCGCUGAAGGAAAUAUCCGUCGCGAUAAUGAAGACGCCGAUGUGGAGCCAGGCCGGUCCUGGUACAGUGGCAGCCAUGGAAAAAGCUGCAGCCAUUCUUCGGGAAGGGGUUAUAGAAGUCACGGAAGUCCCGUUUACAGAUGAAUCCUCAGAUCCAGACGCGCUCGAGGGCAUUCAACACAAGAUCAUUCGCGGCGAGGCGCAGGCAGCAUUUCUCAGGGAGUAUCGGGUGGACAAGGCUAAUUUAUCUCCUGAGGUGUGCCGCCUCGUCGAGAAUCACUCCAAUUAUACGCGCAAGGAGAUUGUCGAGGCAUCAGAUGUUUACAGUCAGAUGAGGCACAGCAUGAAUAAACUGGCAGAGAACUACUCCGUCAUCCUUACGCCCAGUGCUGUGGAUGAAGCCCCGUUGGGGCUUGGUGAUAUGGGCGCCGCGACUUUCAAUACCAUGUGGACGGGGUUUCACAUGCCAGUCAUCAACAUACCUGCGUUCGUUGGUGUCAAUGGAAUGCCCGUUGGGGUGUCACUCGUUGCGCCAAGGUUCCGUGAUCAGCACCUCCUGCGGGUCAGCAAGAUCGUUGGCGACCUCUUGAUGGCUGAAGGGGGAUGCAAGCCACGCGUCAGUUGA